AUGGGCUUCGCUAAGGGUCAGAGGCCGGGAAGGCUGGCCGCUGUCACCGUUAGUGCCUCAACAGGAGAGGACAGUGCCAGUUCCUCCCUGGUCAGCUUUCACAACCUGGUAAGAAGCUCAUCCCCAUGAAUAGCUGGGGCUCGGGAGGCCUGGGUUCUGCUGGGUGACGCCGACAAUAAGGCCCACCUGGGACCCAGCAGGGAGAAGAACCGAGCUUCUUUUACUCAAGUCCAUCUCUGUUCACAGUACAACUGUGUGGAUGAUUUCUGGGAUAAGAUGGGAAAUGAACCAGAAGAAGCACAGAUGGAGGCAGCCCUAGCAGAGACAGAGGAGGAACUCAGCAAGGAUGUCUGUGAAUUCAUAGAAGAUCACAUUCAAGAGAACCUUCCCGAAUCCCUGCAGGAGUCCAGUCCCUUGCUUCAGCAAGCACGGCAAGAAGUACGCCGCAGAAUCCAGAGACCCUCAGUAACUGCCUCUCUGGAGGUCCAGAACCCAGAAGAGAGCAUCUGGGCCAGAGCCCUGCGGCGGUUCCAAGGCAUGCUGCGGAGUCUCCAGCAGAGGUGUUGGGAUGUGCUGACCUGGCUGUGGGAGAAGGCGGCGGCCUGCCUGGAGGCCGUCUGCAGUGCGGUGAAGGCCCUUUGGGGAGUCCUGACGGAUUUCUGCUCCUCUGUGGGGCAGCUCUUCAGAAACCUCAUCCAGUUCUAGGUGAUCCAGGUGGUUCUGGAGGAACUCCACCUCAUCCAGAAGGCCCUGCAUGAUCCCCUUCCCGGAAACCAUCUUCUGAAGCGACCUUUACUCUCCUGCUUGCCCUUAACCAAUCCUUUAACUGACCUCACCUCCUGUCUGCAGGGACGACACUGCAGCAUCAGGCCAGGUUUCCCUUCUCCAGGUCUGACCUGUCUGUCAGGGACGGGAUGUUCUGCUGACCCAGGGAUAUGGGAGUGGCUUGGAAGCCCGGAGGCCCCAAGGACCAAGGGGCCUUCUGUGGCUCAGCACGCCUCGGUGUCUCUGCCUGUCGCUCGGGACCCUGUCAGAUGGGGCACUGAGCUGAUUCUCAGCGAGGUGGUCCCGUGAGGGCCGGCUGUGGGUCUCACAGGAGGAGGCAGUUGUGGACCCUAACCCUGACAUCACCACCUUAGUGCCCUGAUCAUCCUAGGGCACCCAGCUUGCUAUCAGCUCAGGCCCCAGCAGGGCAGGAGACCUGGAGGAAGGCUCUCCCUGUCUCCUGGGCCUGCGCCUUCCUGUGUGAGGAGGACAGCAGCCUGUCUGGGAGUUCCUUGUGGCAGAGCCCCAUUCCGGCCACACCCUUCCUCCUUCCCUUCCAGGGGGUCCCUCUGACAGGCCUGACACUGGAAGGCCUACCUCUGGCCUGAGUUCCCUGCUGCCAGGAGCCUCUCACUGCCAGGCCCUGAGCAGCCUUGGCUUCCUGGCCCUGUCCCUGCCUCAC